AGUGAGAUGAAACCCUAGCAGACCUAUUUAUUACUCGUAUUAUUAUUGCUAUCACUAAGAAGAAAAAGACUAGAUUUGGAAGGAAGAUAAUGGGAAGGGAGGAAUCAUCAACAACAACAACAGAGAUCACGGUGGAGCAACUUGUAGCCGUCAAUCCUUACAAUCCCGAUAUUCUUCCCGAUCUCGAAAAUUAUGUCAACCAUCAGGUUUCAUCCAAGACUUACAGUUUAGAUGCAAACCUCUGUCUACUUCGUCUCUAUCAGUUUGAGCCAGAGAGGAUGAGCAGUCAGAUCGUUGCCCGCAUUUUGAUCAAGGCUCUCAUGGCGAUGCCUGCCCCUGAUUUCAGCUUGUGUCUCUUUUUGAUUCCAGAGAGAGUGCAAAUGGAUCAACCGUUCAAGACUCUUAUACUUCUCUCUCACUAUCUCGAGACUGCCAAAUUCCGUCAGUUUUGGGAUGAAGCAGCUAAAACCCGCCAUAUUCUAGAUGUUGUCCCAGGAUUUGAGCAAGCAAUUCAAGAAUAUGCAAUUCAUGUCUUGUCUCUCUCUUACCAAAAAGCCCCGAAAUCUGUUAUUGCCGAGGCAAUUAAUAGUGAGGGUCCGUCUUUGGAUAAAUUUCUUGAGCAUCGUGUUACUAAUGGCGAUUGGACUCUGGAGAAAGGGCAUGGCAAAAGCCAACUUGUUUCACUGCCUCAAAACGAGUUUAAUCAUCCUGAGCUCAAAAGAAGUACUACCGACAGCAUUCCAUUGGAUCAUAUUACUCGUAUCUUUCCUGUUCUUGGAUGAUUGAUAGCAAUCAUCUGUUUUUCUUGAUUUGAAACGGUGAUUGGAAUCAAGUAUUUCUUUCUGGAUGAUUCUAAGCUUUAAAAAUUUAUUGUUUUAUGAAAAGACGUUAUCUGUUA